UCACCAGGAUUUUGGCGCUGGCUUCCCGCUACUCUCCUGCGUGGCACUGACCUGGACCGGUUGGCAUCCUGGAUUCAGCAGUACAGAAGCAACCUGACAGCCAUAUCCUGAACCAGUUGCUGACCAGGCACCAUGUCUGGAGACUACGACGAAGAGAGGCACCGCAAAGCGAUGGAGCUCCUUCAGGUGCUGUGCUCCAACACAUGUGCUGCCCAGGAACGGGAGAAGUGUCAGGAACUGACCGGCCAUGUGGGUCCCAUCAAUUCAGAAAUCUUGGUCAGUCUCCUGUCGGUGAUCGUGACUUUCUGCGGGAUCGUACUGCUGGGCGUCUCCCUCUUUGUCUCGUGGAAACUUUGCUGGAUCCCUUGGCGGGAUAAAGGCUCCUCUUCGCAGACCCAGCGCAAGGAGCACCUCCUCCACGCUCACCUCCACCAUUCACCUUUUGGGGACCUCUUGGCCGAGCGGGUGGAGCUGGGGCCGGAGAUGCCGGAGAGGUCCUACCUCGAUAUGGAUUCCUACCCCGAGGCCAACCUCAAGGUCAGCCAGACCUCCCCCGACCUGCCCGUGGAAGGCCAGGUUACCACCAAGGAGGGCAACAUGCCCAAUGCCCACUCCCACCAGCAGGUUGCAAGCUUGGCACCCACGCCCAGGUACAAUACACUGCCACGCCCCAUGACCCAGCAGUUGAGCAGCCCGGACACUGGCGUCCACGUCGGGGAGGAGAAGGUGGAGCAGGUGACCAGCAUCGGGCAGAUCAAACCGGAGUUAUACAAGCAGCGCUCGGGCGAGUCGGACUCCAAGAAAGGGGAGGCCGCGAGCUGUGGGCGGCUGAGUUUUGCCCUGCGCUACGCCUACAGCACGGAGCAGCUGGUGGUGAGGAUCCUCCGGGGGGUGGACCUGCCCGCCAAAGACGCCAACGGCUUCUCCGACCCCUACGUGAAAAUGUACCUGCUGCCCGACCGCAAGAAGAAAUUCCAGACCAAGGUGCACCGCAAGACCCUGAACCCCGUCUUCAACGAGACUUUUAACUUCAACGUCCCCUUUGCCGAACUGCCCUCGCGGAAGCUGCACUUCAGCGUCUACGACUUCGACCGCUUCACCCGUCACGACCUCAUUGGCCAGGUGGUGCUGGACAACCUGCUGGAGCUCGCCGAGCGGGAGUGCGAUUCGCCCCUCUGGCGAGACAUCAUGGAGGCCAGCUCGGAAAAAGCAGAUCUCGGGGAGCUGAACUUCUCCCUCUGUUACUUGCCUACUGCUGGGCGUCUCACCGUCACAAUCAUCAAGGCCUCCAACCUCAAAGCCAUGGACCUGACUGGUUUCUCCGAUCCCUACGUUAAGGCGUCCCUCAUGUGCGAAGGGAGGAGGCUGAAGAAACGCAAGACGUCCAUCAAGAAGAACACGCUCAACCCCACUUACAACGAGGCCCUCGUCUUCGACAUCCCCCAGGACAGCAUGGAGCACGUCAGCAUCACGCUGGCAGUCAUGGAUUACGAUUGCAUCGGGCACAACGAAGUCAUCGGGAUGUACCGCGUGGGCAGCGACGCCGACGCACCAGGAAGAGACCACUGGGCCGAGAUGCUGGCGAAUCCACGUAAACCCAUCGAACACUGGCACCAGCUGGUGGAGGAGAAGACUUUGAACAUCUACAUCAACAAGAACCCUCCAGCGCGGGACAAGCCCAGCAUCGUAGUCGAAAGUGUUCACUCAGACUAAGGCCAUCGUCUCCAGCCCUUCAUCACCA